GGGAAUGAAGGGGAGGCAGCCAUGAACGCAAAAGCCCAUCGGAUCAAAACCCUGAUCCUCAACGACGGCAUCUCCGGCACCGGAAAACACCUGAAGCAGAUCCACGCGGCCGUCAUCCGCCACAACCUCCACGACGACACUUACAUCCUCAACCUCCUCCUGAAGCGAACUCUCCGCCUCGGCCUCACCUUCUACUCCCACCUCAUCUUCUCUCACACUACUCAUCAACCCAACAUUUUCCUCUUCAACACCCUCCUCCGCGGCUUCGUCUCUAACAAUCUCUUCCAUGAAUCCGUCCAUCUCUUCCUCUCCAUGCGCUCCAAUGGCCUCUCUCCCGAUUCUUUCACCUUCCCUUUCCUCCUCAAGGCCUGCUCCAUGCUCCCCAACCUCGACCUCGCUUCCCACCUUCACUCCCUCCUUCUCAAAUCGGGCUUUGGUCGCGAUGUCUUCUCCCAGACCAGCCUCCUCUCCCUCUACGCAAGAUGUGGCCGUCUCGACGACGCCAUCAAGGUGUUCGACGAUAUUCCCGAGAGAAACGUUGUUUCCUGGACGGCGAUCAUAAGUGGGUAUAUCUCCGCCGGCAAGCACAGGGAAGCUGUCGAUGUGUUUAAGAAGCUGCUGGGGAUGGGUGUGAGACCAGACAGUUACCUGGUCGUUCGAAUUUUGUCUGCUUGUGCUCAGUUAGGGGAUCUGAGCAGCGGCGAGUGGAUUGAUCAGUACGUCAUGGAGGAGAUCGGGAUGUACAGAAACUCAUUCCUCUCGACAUCUUUAGUCGACUUCUACGCAAAGUGCGGGAAUAUGGAGAAAGCUCGUUCUGUUUUCGAGGCAAUGCCCGAGAAAGAUAUCGUCACUUGGAGUAGUAUGAUUCAGGGUUAUGCCUCUAAUAGCCUUCCGAGAGAGGCUACAGAGUUAUUCUUCCGGAUGUUACGGAAAAAUCUGAAACCCGAUCGCUAUUCCAUCGUCGGGUUUCUUUCUUCCUGCGCGAGUCUAGGAGCCCUUGAAUUGGGUGAGUGGGGAAGUAAUUUGAUCGAUAGGCGUGAGUUCUUGACGAAUCCGGUCAUGGGCACUGCUCUUAUCGAUAUGUAUGCGAAGUGUGGGACUAUGGCCCGAGGUUUCGAAGUUUUUAGAGCAAUGGAGGAGAAAGACAGGGUGGUUAUGAACGCUACAAUUACUGGACUAGCCAAGAACGGCCACGUCGAGCUCUCGUUCGCUGUCUUUGGUCAGACGGAGAAGUUAGGGAUCAGACCAGACGGGAACACGUUCCUGGGCCUUCUGUGCGGGUGCGCUCAUGCAGGUCUGGUCGGAGACGGGAGGAGAUUUUUCGACGGAAUGAGCCGGAUUUUCUCAUUGGAACACAAGAUUGAGCAUUACGGGUGCAUGGUCGAUAUCCUCGGACGAGCUGGACUGCUAGACGAAGCUUAUAACAUGAUCAAUGACAUGCCGUUGAAACCAAACGCAGUAGUGUGGGGAGCAUUGCUAAGCGGAUGCCGGCUUCACAAAGAGAUGAGAUUGGCGGAAAGGGUUCUUAAAGAACUCGUAAAGUUGGAACCUUGGAAUUCAGGGAACUACGUGCAGCUGUCGAAUAUAUACUCGGGAAGCGGGAGAUGGGACGAGGCGGCAGAGGUAAGAGAAGUGAUGAAUGAGAAAGGCAUGAAGAAGAUUCCCGGGUGCAGUUGGAUCGAAUUGGAAGGAACGGUCCACGAGUUUCUAGUGGACGACAGAUCUCACCCGCAGAUCGAAAGAAUUUACGGGAAGCUGGAGGAAUUGGGAAACGAGAUGAGGAAGAUGGGGUUUGUUGCGAAAACGGAGGGAGUGAUGUUCGAUGUGGAAGAGGAAGAGAAGGAGAGGGCAGUGAGGUGCCACAGCGAGAAGCUGGCGGUGGCGUAUGGGCUGAUGAUGAGUAAGAGUGAAGAGGAUGUGAUUCGGGUGGUGAAGAAUCUGAGGGUAUGUGGAGACUGUCACGAGGCGAUGAAGCUGAUUUCCAAGAUCACGGGAAGGGAGAUUGUGGUCAGAGACAACAACAGGUUUCACUGUUUUCGACAAGGGUUUUGUUCUUGUAAUGACUACUGGUGAAUUCCAAUCCUAUACGCAAACGAGCAAAAGAAGGACGACGUCGUUUAUCAUGUGAAUGAUCGUCACAGGCUAAAGGACGACGUCGUGUUGGAUUGAGGUGUGUAUAGAGGCAGGCGAACCACUUCUCCCCCCUUUACGAUGCUGUACUAUUCCUCUUUCAUGUAAGCUUUUUUCGUUCCCUUGAAAAGAAUCAUUUUUUUUUAUACAUUUUGGGUUUUGGUUCCGUAUUAGUCGGAUUCAAUUAUUACUAUUCGAUUUUUUUUAA